GAGUAUUCGUGCUUGGAUGCUGAAAUGGAAAAACUUAGUGAUGAUGAGCAUAAACUAGUUGAAGAAUCCAAAGUAGCACCAAAUAAUCCCAAAGCCACAUGUCUUCCCCUUACAUUUCUUGAUAUAUCAUUGGCAGGUCCAAUCUAUGGUAGACGCCAAUUCUUCUAUAACUUCCCUUUCUCCACCCACCAUUUCCUCCAAACUACAUUCCCAACUCUCAAACGCUCUCUCUCUCUCACCCUUCAACAUUUCUUCCCUCUUGCCGGUAACCUCCUAUGUCCUCCACCGCCACACAAACCCUUUAUCCGAUGCACUGAAGAGGACUCCGUGGCCUUCACAGUCUUCCAGUCCUCAUCGGAUUUCAACCAUCUCUCCAGCAACAACCCUAGAAGUCUAAAGAAAUUGAAUCAACUUGUUCCUAAAUUGACUUGCAAAAUAAUCCAUCAUCAUGAUACACUUGUUUUUCCAAAUUUGGCCCUGCAGGCCACGGUUUUUCCAAACUGUGGUGUUUGCAUCGCCAUUACCUACAAUCACAUGAUAGAUGGUGCGUGUUGCAGUCAGUUUAUGAAGCUUUGGUCUUCCCUUUGUGCAUGCGGAGGAAUUGAUUUAACAUUUCUUGAGAAAUCAACACCUCCAUGUUUCAAUAGGGGAAUACUAAAGGAUCCUAACGAGCUUGAGGCCAUUUUUAUAAAACAUUAUUUUCAAGAGAGGGAAAAUUGGAAGAAUAAAGUCAAUCAAAGUCAACCUUUCGAUUCAACCGUUGCUAUGGAAGAGGAUCAUGUCAAGGUAACGAUUGUACUUGAUAAAGAUGACCUUGAGAGAAUGAAAAUCUUCUCACUGAACCAACUGAAGAAAAGAGACGGAUUAAAAUCCCCGCUAUAUGUAUCCAAAUUCGUGGUGGCGUGUGGUUUCGCAUGGAGUAGCUUGGUUAAAGCAAGAGCAAGAGAUAGCGCGUGUGAAGAAGAAGAGAACAUGAAAGAAGAGUAUUUUUGUUUUGCGGCGGAUUGUAGAGGACGUUUAGAGUACCCGGUACCGGAAACGUACUUUGGAAACUGCAUAACACAGUGCAACGCAACGCUGAGAAGAAGUGAACUCAAGGGUGAAGGUGGUUUUGUGAACGCCGUGAAGGUCAUAGAUAGGGCUAUAAACGACAUGAAGAAGGAGCCGUUUCGAGGCAUGGAAAAUUGGAAAGAGAGAUUUUCAGACAUGUUUGGGUCGGGGAGAGUGUUGGUUGUGGGAGGGUCACCAAAGUUUAAGGUUUAUGAGAACGACAUGGGUUUCGGAAAGCCUUGCAAGGUGGAAAUGGUGCAGUCCCUCAAGGGUUUGUCUAUUGCUGAAAGUGGAAAAAACGACGGAGGAAUCGAGCUUGGUGUCGUUUUGAAGAACAAGAGCCAACGUAAGACUUUUCUUAAUGUCGUUAAACAGGGGCUUAAAGCUUUGAAAUAAUCUUCUUGAGAAAUUUAGUUAUAAUAACUAGCUAGUAAUAAGUGGAUUAUUUGUGUAACAA